AUGUCUUACCAACCAGUUUCCGGAUCCGAGCCCACAGGCGCUCCUCCCGUGUAUGAGCAAGAAUCUGUGCCCAGAACGGAGGGCGACAACGUUCCUGAUGACUUCAAGUACUCGGUAGAUGUUGCAUCUUGCGAAUUACCAGUUCGUCAAAUGUUCAUCAGAAAAGUCUACUCUUUAUUGACACUUCAAAUUAUCGCCACUGUGAUCGUUGGCUUGAUUAUUCGUUCCAAUGAAAAAAUCACCCAAUGGUGUCUCAGCAAUAUGUGGUUGUUCUUCAUUUCCAUGGUCGGUUCAAUUGGGUUUUUAAUUGCCACGCAUUUCAAGGCUAGGUCAUACCCAAUUAAUCUUGUUUUGUUAUCUGGCUUCACGUUACUUGAGGCUUACACUUUGGGUGUUGUCUGCUCGUUGGUCGAGACAGAUGUGCUCAUCCAGGCGCUCUUCUUGACGAUGAUUGUGUUUAUUGGAUUAACUCUCUUUGCGUUCCAGACCAAAUACGAUUUCAUUAGUUGGCAAGGUUUUGCCUCUAUGGGCGUAUGGCUCUUGAUCGGUUGGGGGUUUAUGUUCAUGUUCUUCCCAUCUCAGUCGAAGGGUAUGGAAAUGAUCUACGGCAUCUUCGGAGUGGCAGUUUUCAGCUUAUACAUCGUCAUCGAUACUCAACAGAUCAUGAAGACAGCUCACUUGGACGAUGAGAUCAUCGCCACCAUCACGUUAUACUUGGAUAUCGUAAAUGUGUUCUUGUACAUCCUUCGUAUUUUGGAAUCCAGACGCGAUUAG